CGCCGGUUGCUGAUUACGAGAGACGAAGGGACGAGUGCGGCAGCGGCGGAGUGGAGUCGGCGGGCGCAGUGAAACCUCCCGGAACAGCGCGGUUGCCUCUUCCCCUCUCCGUUUUUCACACAUACACAUCCUUCUCUUCUGCAUCGGCGAGCCGUAAACCCGCUGAGGAAUAUUUCCAAUAACCCUUUUUUUCCCUCCCUUGUUUCACGUCCCGGACAGGGGAAAAUAACUUUGUUUUUUUUUCUGGUCAAGAUUUUGUUCUCACUUUUUUUUAGUUAUGAGUCAUGUGGCCAUCGGCAAUGUACUGGAUCUAGAUCAGCAGCUUGCUGGCCUAGACUUGACAUCGUCUUCAGGUGAUGCCCAAAGUGCUGGAGGGGCAGGCAAAGGUCGUUAUAUUCCUCCACACCUAAGAAAUAGAGAAGCAUCCAAAAAUGAUUCACCAAGCUGGGAUUCUGGACGUGGAGGAAAUGGCUCAAUGAAUGGGUACCAUGAUGGAAGAGACAGUCGGGUAAAUGGUUAUGACCGUGACCGCAGUGGGUUCAACAGUAGAGGAUCCAGUCGAAAUGACUCAAGUGGCCGAGGAGGUUAUCGAAAUCGAACAAUUAAUCCUGGUGCCCAGCAAAGUGCUGGAUCAGGUUUUGGCUAUGAUAAAAAUGACGGAGGAUGGAACAACAAGGAUGUCAGGGAUCCAUACAGCAGUUUUGGAUCACGUGCUGACAGGGGAAAAUCAAGUUUCUUCAAUGAUCGUGGAAGAGGAAGAUACGAUGACCGUGGCAGGGGAAACGACAGUGCUUAUGACCACUUUGGAAGCCGCAAUGACCGAUAUGGCAGAAUGGAUCGUGGCUAUGGCUCCCGUGAAGGGGGAAAUAGCCGUUGGGUUGAAGACAAACGAGAUGAAGAUGACUGGUCAAAGCAGCUACCACCAAAUGAGCGCAUGGAACAGGAGUUGUUUUCAGCAAGCAACACAGGAAUUAACUUUGAGAAAUACGAUGACAUUCCUGUUGAGGCAACUGGUGCUAACUCACCACCUCAUAUAGAAACUUUUCAGGAUGUGAACAUGGGAGAAAUAAUAAUGGCCAACAUUGAACUAAGUCGCUAUGAUCGUCCAACUCCUGUGCAGAAACAUGCCAUUCCCAUCAUCAUAUCAAAGAGAGACUUGAUGGCAUGUGCCCAGACAGGCUCUGGAAAAACAGCAGCAUUUUUGCUUCCCAUUCUCAGUCAAAUUUAUGCAGAAGGUCCCAGUGAAGCUUUAAAGUCUGCAAAAGCACAGGAUUCAUCAAAAUAUGGCCGACGUAAGCAAUAUCCAAUUGCUUUGGUUUUGGCACCCACUAGAGAACUUGCAGUGCAGAUUUAUGAUGAAUCCAGAAAGUUCUCUUAUCGUUCUAAAGUUCGCCCAUCUGUCGUAUAUGGAGGUGCUGACAUUGGGCAACAGAUCCGAGAUUUGGAGCGUGGAUGUCAUCUUCUUGUAGCCACUCCUGGUCGUUUAGUUGAUAUGAUUGAGAGAGGGAAAGUUGGACUGGACUUUUGCAAGUACUUGGUGUUGGAUGAGGCUGAUAGAAUGCUUGAUAUGGGAUUUGAACCACAAAUUCGUCGCAUUGUUGAGCAAGAUGCAAUGCCACCAAAAGAUAUGCGGCAAACUCUGAUGUUCAGUGCAACAUUUCCAAAGGAGAUACAGAUACUUGCUCGUGACUUUCUAGAUGAAUAUAUAUUUCUGGCGGUUGGCCGCGUGGGCUCCACUUCUGAAAACAUUACUCAAAAAGUAGUGUGGGUGGAGGAGCAAGACAAGCGUUCAUUUCUGCUGGACCUUUUGAAUGCUACAGGAAAAGACUCUCUAACACUGGUCUUUGUGGAGACUAAGAAGGGUGCAGAUUCACUGGAGGAUUUCCUUUACCGCGAAGGUUAUGCUUGUACCAGUAUCCAUGGUGAUCGUUCCCAGAGAGAUAGAGAAGAAGCAUUGCAUCAAUUCCGCUCUGGAAAAUGUCCCAUCCUGGUUGCCACUGCGGUUGCAGCCCGUGGACUUGAUAUUUCUAAUGUCAAGCAUGUUAUCAAUUUUGAUCUGCCCAGUGACAUCGAGGAAUAUGUGCACCGCAUUGGGCGUACGGGUCGUGUUGGCAAUCUGGGUCUUGCCACCUCAUUCUUUAAUGAGAAAAACAGCAAUAUUACUAAAGACCUUCUGGAUUUACUUGUGGAAGCCAAGCAAGAAGUACCAUCCUGGCUAGAAAAUCUGGCAUAUGAGCAGCAGCACAAGAGUACUGGUCGUGGACGGUCCAAGAGCAGGUUCGGAUCUGGAUUUGGUGGCAGAGAUUACAGACAAACUAACAGUAGCUUCAACAAUCGUGGCAACCGUAAUACUGGCCAUGGAGGGCCAAGAGGAUAUGGAGGAGGUGGCUAUGGAAACUAUUACAAUGCUGAUGGAUAUGGUGGAGCUUACAACUCCCAGGUGGAUUGGUGGGGAAACUGAAAUAUUCCAGUGGAUGUCACCUUGCCAAACAAGCUAAAUGGAAACCACAUGUAACUGAGCCAGACUAUACCUUGUGUAGCUUCAAGAACUCGCAGUACAUUACCAGCUGUGAUUCUCUGGAUAUUUUUUUAAAGGAAGCUCAAAUGCAAAAAGACAGCAGUAACAGAAGAACAUGAACCCUAGCCGAUGGAGAAAAUGUGGCCGUAAACAGCACUAGAAUUUGGAUAAAGAUGUUAUACUGUGCUGCGUUAAUAGUUUAUCUCUGUAACUGAGGAUCAUUUGUAUGUUAAUGUACUGUGCCUUUAUAGAGGAACUUUUAUUUUUAAUGUCCUACUGGUUCAUUGGGCCUGAGUUCUCGCAAUCAUUCUCUAGCACAAUCUGAGAGAGACUUGGGCAAAACAAACCUUGGCAGAAGCAGGGUGAAAUGGCUUUACCAGGAGUCAUUUACCCAGUUGCACUUAACAUUGUUACAAGGCCGAAAAAAAAAGCAGUGACCUCCACUACGGCCUUGACAUGCGUGACCUGUAAAGACAACUUGGGGCAUUUGCAGCAUUCUGAUCCCUCCUGUGGGAAAACGAUGUUGCUCACUCUAUCCUGGAUAGAAACCUGUUGGGGGCAUGGUAG